AUGCCCAAGGCAACCAGCUCCCGUGCCGCCGUGGCUCGCCGGCACAACCCCCUAGCAGAGGAUAUCUCGUCCGCGGGGCAUUUGCGCACUCAGACUAGCAAGAAGGGCAAGCGCCGAUCCCAAGAUGAUGAGGAGGGCGAGGAAGGCCAGCGCUUUAUUGAUGCGAAGAUGUCGCGGAAGAUUCUCCAGAUCGGUCAGGAAUUAGCAGAGGAGGAUGCUGCCGAACAAAAACUUGCUAUGGGUGCUGGUGCAUCCAAACCCAAUGCCGCAUUCGAAUUUGAUACUCGGUUUGAAGAGGAGGAAUUGUCGGAUGAUGAGAACUUCCAAACUGAGGAGUGGGUGGAUGAGGAGGUUGAGCAAGUGGAGGUUGAUCCUAAUGACCUUGACAUGUUCAACAAAUUCAUGGGCCAUGAAGAAGAUCCCAUUUUCCACCCCAAAGACCCUUCGUCAGCUGGUCAAACUACAAACCUUGCGGAUUUGAUUCUGGAGAAGAUCGCCGAGCACGAAGCUAGACAGGCCGGCGAGAGUGUUGGUGGACCGUUUAUUCAAGGUGGUGGAGCGGCCGAGGAUGCCGUCCAGAUUCCAGCGAAGGCCAUUGAAGUUUAUGAGAAGGUUGGAAUGAUCCUUUCGCGCUACAAGUCUGGCCCUCUCCCCAAGCCAUUCAAGAUUCUCCCUUCGGUCCCCAACUGGCCUACUCUGCUUGAUAUCACCCAACCCGAGAGAUGGACCGCCAACGCUGUCUACGCCGGUACCCGAAUUUUCAUUUCCUCCAAGCCGCACGUUGCCCAAGAGUUCAUCAACACUGUCCUGUUGGACCGUGUCCGCGAGGAGAUUCACGAGACUAAGAAGGUCAAUGUUCAUACCUACAACGCUAUGCGCAAAGCUCUUUACAAGCCUGCCUGUUUCUUCAAGGGUCUGCUCUUCCCUCUCGUUUCAAGCGGUACUUGCACCCUGCGUGAGGCUCACAUUGUCUCCUCUGUGAUUGCCCGUGUGUCUGUCCCCGUACUCCACUCUGCUGCGGCUCUUCUCCGCAUGUGUGACCUCGCUGCUGAGCAAUCCAUGCGCUCACUGGAGAGCACUGGUGCAGUAAACACUUUCAUCCGAAUCUUUUUGGAGAAGAAGUACGCUCUGCCUUACAAGGUCAUUGAUGCUCUUGUGUUCCACUUCCUGCGUUUCCGUGCUGCGGAUGGUUCCGAGGAUGUCCUGAUGGGCGAAGGUGGUUCUAAGGGCUACAAGCUCCCUGUUCUCUGGCACCAGUCUCUGUUGGUCUUUGCUCAACGGUACCGUAACGAUAUCACCGAGGAUCAGCGUGAGGCACUUCUUGAUCUGCUGUUAGUUCGGGGACACAAGGACAUUGGACCUGAGGUUCGACGAGAACUUCUGGCUGGUCGUGGCCGUGGUGUUGUUCUCCCUGAUCCAGAACGACAAAAUGCGCUUGAUGCGGGUGACGAUACCAUGGAUGUGAGCAUGUAA